AAAAUAUUCAACUUAAUGGUGAAAUUAGUCCGAUCCAAUAUCUAAAAACAGCACCGCAUUUCCCAAAACCUGCCUUUCCGAUGAAAUCUUCUCCCGCCGCCACUCCAAGUCCACCCGUUGCCGCUGGUUCCGCCUUGAGCGCCGAACCAGCGCCACCCAUCUCUUCCUCGACCCUUUCUCCACACACCGCACGUUAAAAGCAGAGGCAAGUUUCUCUCCUUGGAAUUGCUGCUUCUACUAUGCUUCCUCUGGGAAAUAGACACUUUUCCCAUAAAGAACAAUGUGAAGAAGACCUCACCAGGUAUGUGGACAUUCUCACUGCGAAACUUGGCAAAGGAAGCAGUGAGGAAGAAACCCUUCACACCCUUUUCAAUGAUCAAGCUUGUGAUUUCAUACCCCUCUCCCGAGACCUUGUUCACCGGUUGCUCUGGCGAUACAAGGAUGAUUGGAAGUCUGCAUUGGGGGUAUUCAGAUGGGCCAGUUCGCGACCGAGCUUUAGACAUUCGUCGGAGUCGUAUGAUAUGAUGGUAGACAUAUUGGGUAGGAUGAAGGUUAUGGAAAAGUUGAGGGAUUUGUUAGAAGAAAUGCGCGAGGGUGGUCUUGUCAAUAUGAAUACUGUGGCGAAGGCCAUGAGACGGUUUGUUGGAGCAGGGCAGUGGGUAGAUGCUGUGAGGAUAUUUGAUGACUUGCAAGCUCUUGGAUUGGAGAAGAACACGGAAUCCAUGAACUUGUUGCUCGAUACCCUGUGCAAAGAGAAAUUCGUGCAGCAAGCUCGUGAAAUUUUCUUGGAACUGAAGCAGCACAUUGCUCCCAAUGCUCACACGUUUAACAUCUUCAUUCAUGGAUGGUGCAAAAUCUGCCGUGUGGACGAGGCACAUUGGACGAUUCAAGAGAUGAAAGGAUAUGGUUUUCACCCCUGUGUUAUAAGUUAUUCCACCCUCAUUCAGUGUUACUGUCAAGAAGGGAAUUUCAGCAGGGUGUAUGAGCUUCUUGAUGAAAUGCAGGCUCAAGGGUGCUCUGCAAAUGUGAUAACUUAUACUUCUAUCAUGUGUGCACUAGGAAAGGCUAAAAAGUUCGAGGAAGCUUUGAAAGUACCUGAGAGAAUGAGGUCUUCUGGAUGUAGGCCUGAUACUCUUUUCUUCAAUUCGUUGAUACAUACAUUGGGGAGAGCAGGUAGAUUAGAUGAUGCUGCCGAUGUAUUCAAGGUGGAAAUGCCUAAGGCUGGUGUUUCCCCAAAUACAUCCACCUAUAAUUCAAUGAUUUCUAUGUUUUGUUAUCAUGCACAAGAAAAGAGAGCUUUAGAAAUAUUGAAGGAGAUGGAAAAUUCAGGUGGUUGUAAGCCUGAUGCUCAGACUUACCACCCAUUGAUCAAGUCUUGCUUUAGAAGUGGAAAAAUAGAUGGUGUGUUGAGUGAGAUAUUAAAUGACAUGAUUAAUAAACAGCAUCUCAGUCUUGAUCUUUCAACCUAUACACUGCUAAUUCACGGGCUUUGUAGAGAAGAUAGAUGCAAUUGGGCAUUCUCUCUAUUUGAGGAGAUGAUUGAUCAAGAUAUAAUACCUAGAUACAGAACUUGCCGUUUGCUAUUGGAUGAAGUCAAGCAGAAAAAUAUGUACCAAGCUGCUGAGAAAAUUGAGGAUCUUAUGAAAAAAUUGUAAAUGCAUGAGUCUCUUAUUUGUGUGCCCACAACACUGCCUUGUUGCACAUUAUUUUAACCAUUUGAGACAAAACCAUGACAACAAUAGAAGAGAAUGGCAUGGAAUAUUUUAGAAAGUAUAUCAUAGCUCAAGUGCUAAGACAUUUCUUAUUUUCUAAGCCUUUUAGUUUCUACCCUUUGAUUAAUAGUAUAAAUUUUUGAGAUCCAUGUUCAUCUUUGCUCCCAUAUUAUGUAACAUAGCCUCCUCCGCUUCUCAAAACACUUUAAAAGUCAUGUGCUAUCCCUUGAUAAUUGUUCCUUUGUUCUUCCCUAAAACCCUUUGGUUUCUCUUUACUUUGGCCAUACUAUCCUCGGAUUGCUCAAUAAUUUUCUUCUUUGCAGGCAUGUUUGGUUUUAGAGUUGCCAGGCUGAGACUGAAUUAGAGUCUUGUCCACAUAAUUCUGAAUUUAGGCUCCAGUAAUAACUGCCUAAGGAGAUAAAAGAAUAUCUUCACCUAUGUUCAGUGAAUCACCUUUGCUGCAUUACAAAGCAAAUCAUGCAAAUUUUGGCUCAAAAUUUGCAUUGAAGAACCAAGAAACAAUUACAAAGGACAGAACAUGAUUUUUAAAGUGUUUUUGAGAAGUGCAGUCUAUGUUUAUGGGAGCAAAGAUGAACAUAGAUAACUCUGGCAUAGUAUCCAAUCCCUUUACACUUUACAGAUGAAGAAUUUGCUAAUUGCUAUCAUUUUGAAGGAUUUUAGAAGAUGAAGGAUAGGAGCAGGGAGAUGGUAUAGUAAAAGAGCAAAAUGAAGAAUGAAGGAGUUCUAUUUUUCAUCUGUUUUGAGUUGCAUUUCUUGUUUUUUUAUUCUUUGUUAAAUGGUUUACCUACUAUUUAUACUUUGUGUUUUGUCUUGGUGUUCAUCUCGUUAGAACUUUUUUUUUUAUCAUUUCAAAUUGUGUUGUCCUUUGAUUGUUGCUUAACUUUCAUGGUUUUUGACUUUUUGGUGGA